AUUUGCAAUUUAGAAAAGGAAGAAGAACAAAUUCAGAACGCCACAGCCACCUCCCAUAGUAUACGGAAGGACAAGGAAUCUCACACGCCACUUGCGACUCCGUUCUUUCUCUGAUUCGCUUUUCCUUCCUCUUCCGCUUCCAAUGGAAACCCCUACCGACAUCACCACCACCAACCCCGCACCGGAAAACCCUGACAAAACCCUAGACUCUGCCGCACCAGAUCCAGCCCCCGAAGCCAAUGACGCCGUCGCAAAGGACGCCGACGCCAAGGAAACCGAAGCUGAUGCCGCCUCAGACACCAAGACUUCUACGCCGCCGGAAUCAGGAAACGACGCUCCUCUCUCUGACAUCCAGAAGAAGAUGCGCCGCGCCGAACGAUUCGGCAUUUCCGUCCAGUUGUCUGAGAAAGAGAAGCGCAAUUCCCGAGCCGAAAGGUUUGGCACUGUGUCCGCAUCGCAUGGUUCAGAGGCAACGAAAUCAUCAGAGGCAUCGAAAUCGGAGGAGCUGAAGAGGAAGGCUAGGGCAGAAAGGUUUGGAAUGCCUAGUCCAACUACAGCUGCAGAUGAAGAGGCGAAGAAGAAAGCACGACUUGCUAGGUUUGCCCCCGUUUCAAAAACUGAUCCUUUGGAAGAAGAUAAAAGGAAAGCAAGGGCACUUAGGUUUUCGAAUCCAUCAACAACUCCUAUAGCUAAUGUUAAUGGCGAGGGAAAGAUUGAGCCGGCUGCUGCUGUUGCUGGCAAUGCUGGAGGAGGGACCUGAAUGACAGGUUGCGUCUUUAGCUGUAGGGUUUUUUAUUUUUUUAGUCUUUAGCUGUUCAAGAUUCGCAGAGUCACCUCCACACCGUUUCUACUUUUCAACAUAUUAAUCCCAGAUGCAUCUAUCUUUCAUUUGGUCAAUGAAGCCUUCCUCUGUGGGAUCGAAAAGAUUGAAGUGGUCUGAGGAAGCUUGCUUUUGUUUUGUUGUAGUGUUGGCUUAAUAGGUGACAGCUUUUGGGGGGUAAUUAUUGGUCAUCUUCAUAGGGUUUCCUAUCUUAAAAUCUGCAAAGAUUAGAAUUUUGGAAUCUACAGCCUAAAAAAAUCAAUGAACGAAGUUAUGUAGGAGCAAAGCUUUUUCCUAAUUUUUCAUCCUUAUCAUUGCCAUCCAACCCUCUAUCUACUGAUUUUAAAACGUGCCAUUAUCAUUGUGCUAAAAGGUAGUACCAGGAAGUGUUUUUUAUCCAACACCAUGCUGAUCCAAAAUCUGUUAAUGAUAGGAUAGUUUUGUUUCUUGAUAUGUUUUCGAGGAGGGAUGGUUAAAUGAGGAAAUAGGUCCUCAAAUAGAAUAGCAUGCACGUAGGAAGAACUUGUUUCUGUUUAUUGCUUUACAUAUUUUGGGGGAAGUGGUGUUCGAACUUAAAAGAGUUAACAUUUCAUCAUCAUUGAUGUUAUUUAAUUUUCUUUUUUUUUUUUGCGCUUUUCCAAUGGUGUUUUUGGGGUGAUUGCUUGCUCGCAUGUCCAGGAAAGUGGAGAA